AUGGCCAGCCCGGUGGCUAGCCCGCAAGUGCCCACGCCGCCAGUGUCUCCGGCGGUGGGGGCCACCCCAUGGGCGUCUUAUCAGCCGCCGGCGCGGCGGCGCGAGGCCUCGAUGCCGCCGCUGACUCGGAGCUUUACGGCGGAAAGAGAAGGAGACGUUGUGCACGAGUUGCUGAACCAAGGGCCAAGGCGGAGGGCCCACGCAGACGGCACCAUGGACGGCCUCUACGUGGAUUGCUCGGGGGGGCUAGGGCACAGCCGCCGGAUUUUGCCGCGGCUGUCAGUCACCGCCCGGCUGGUGGUCUUCGUAGAUAACACGGUGCUGCCAGAGGCCAGAGCAUUGGCCGAGCAGGACCCUCGACUGCGCAUUGCCCAGCGGCCCAUGGAACAGCUGGCAGAGGAAGUAGGGCACGAGGAGGUGGAUGGCGUGCUUAUCGACCGCAGCGGACCGGGGCCCCAGAGAUUGGACAUCUUUGCGGAUGUGGAGCUGGACUUACGUGUGAGCCCGGAGGUCGGGGUGCCUGCCUGGCGGUGGCUGCAAGAAGCCUCCACGGAAGAGAUCGCCUGGGUGCUCCGGGAGUAUGGGGAGCACGGCGACCCGCUGAUGUCUGAGCGCAUCGCAGAGCAUAUCAAGCACACUCAAAGCCUUCGCCCGAUUCGGAGCAACAAAGAGCUGGCUUGCGUGGUGGGGGUGGCCAAGCAAAACGGUGAUGAGCGGGCAGUGUGGCCAACUUUCCACGCGUUGAUGGUGUUUCUGAACCAAGAGAUGGAACAGCUGGAUGCCAUGCUUCAUGCAGCUUGUGAGCAGCUGGCUCACCAAGGGCGCUGCGUGGUCAUUACCUCCAAGGACAAAGAGGGGCGUGCAGUGGUGAGGUUUGUGCGUGAGCACGAGGAGCCGGAGGUGGGGGGGCGCUGGCCCAACCAGUCCCGCGUCUUGGAGCUGUACCCCUUGGUGGGCACAGAUUCCAGGUUUUGCGUCAUCAUGUCCAGGAGCCCUUUCCAGACCACAGAGGCCGAUUUCCGGGAGAACCGGCCCAGGAGGUCCAAGGUGCACGUCCUGGAGAAGCGGAAGCGGCUGCACCCCCAGGUAUCGGAGACCUUUGUGCGGCCCAGCGAGCAGCGGUUCAUCACGCCCAGCUACAAGCCGGUGUUCAUGGGUGCGGACAAGGCGCCGGGCGUUUAUGCUAACGGCUGGCUUCCCACUGCUGGCCCCCUUCCGCAAGAGCAGAGAGAGGCUGCCUUUCCUCCGCCCAGACCUUCUGAACCGUAUGGGCCAGAGCAGGUGCCGCAGGCGCCGCAGCCGCAGGCGCCGCAGGCGCCAGCGUUUUUAACACGGCCGGAGAACCCUGCAGCGUUUCCAGCUGUCAAGGCGGCAGCGCAGCCGGCUGAAAAGGCUCCCCCCCUGCCAGCAGAGGCCGCAUUUCCUCGUGUUCCUGCACCGGGAACGGCAUUUCCGCACGUACCUCCGCCGGAGAAGGCAUUUCCCAAAAUUCCACCGGCGAAGGCAUUCCCUAAGCCUUCAGCAGAGACAGGACCGCCAGCAAUGAAAGCGUUUCCUCAGACAUCUUUACCACAGGAGCCCUCCUCCCAAGUACCCCAAGCAUGGCCAGCAGUGGAGAUUCCCCAGCAGCUGCCACCGGCGAAGGCAUUCCCCAAGCCUUCAGCAGAGACAGCCUCGGCAGCAGUGCCGGCGAAGGCAUUCCCCAAGCCUUCAGCAGAGACAGCAUCGCCGACAGUGAAAGCGUUUCCUCAAACACCUCCCCCAGAGGACGCUUCCCCCCAAGUCAAGGCGAUUCCCCAGCAGCCGCCACCGGCGAAGGCAUUCCCGAAGCCUUCGGCAGAGCCGCCACCGGCGAAGGCAUUCCCGAAGCCUUCGGCAGAGGCAGCCUCGGCAGCAGUGCCGGCGAAGGCAUUCCCCAAGCCUUCAGCAGAGACAGCAUCGCCGACAGUGAAAGCGUUUCCUCAAACACCUCCCCCAGAGGACGCUUCCCCCCAAGUCAAGGCGAUUCCCCAGCAGCCGCCACCGGCGAAGGCAUUCCCGAAGCCUUCGGCAGAGGCAGCCUCGGCAGCAGUGCCGGCGAAGGCAUUCCCCAAGCCUUCAGCAGAGACAGCAUCGCCGACAGUGAAAGCGUUUCCUCAAACACCUCCCCCAGAGGACGCUUCCCCCCAAGUCAAGGCGAUUCCCCAGCAGCCGCCACCGGCAAAAGCAUCGGCAGAGACAGCCCAAACAGGGCAAGCGGUGCAGGCGGUUCCGCAGCAGUCGCCGCCGAAGGCGCCCGCACCUCCACUAAGGAAGGCACCAGCUGCACGGCCGAUGGAGAGCAAGAGUCUUUACAAUGACUUGGUCAAGCUUUCAGACGGUAGCUGCCGGGACUUGGACUUGCUGACGAUUGGGGAAUGCCGAGCUCUUGCAGACUUUGCCCAAGAUGAGUUGAAGGGCCGCAAGGGCCAGAUUUUCCGCAUCCUUCAGCGUGGUCAGGGUUGGCUGUAUGGCGUUGCCUUAGAAGGGUGCCCGGACUUGGGCUGGUUUCGGGCUUCGAAAGUCCACGAAUUUUGUGAGCUGUAG